CGAUAUGGAAAGCCAACUCCUACACGCACUUAUGUCACCCGUUAUUUGAACACGAGCAGUCGCAACAAGUUUCCAUUASUCUGACAGUGAUAACACUCAACAUACCACCGGAGGAUAGUUGGUGCUGUUAGAGUCGCUGAAUACUAAGACUAAUAGUUAUACUUUUUUUUACAAUUUAAACUGUUUUGAAUUUCAUCAAACAUGGACYUCAAAGUAGAGAGGAGUACGAUGACAGAGUUCUGGAAGGAGCACAGCCGGCAGGCCACGGUUGAGGAAAUGAUGUUGGACUCUCAUGCCCAGGAGCUGACCCAGCACGAACUGCCUGAGAUCCUCUCCCUGCUGCCCAGCCUGUCCGGCCAGAGGGUCCUGGAGCUGGGCGCCGGGAUCGGGAGGUACACCAGCCACCUGUUGACCCAGGCCAGUCACGUGACAGCGGUCGACUUCAUGGAGAGCUUCGUGGAGAAGAACAGACAGGACAACAGUCACUAUAGCAACGCCUCCUUCCUCCAGGCAGACGUCACCAAGCUGGACUUCCCCAAAAACAGUUAUGACAUCAUCUUCUCCAACUGGCUACUGAUGUAUCUGAGUGACGAGGAGCUGACGUCACUAACAGAGAGGAUGCUGGGAUGGCUCCGCCCCGGAGGAUACCUGUUCUUCAGGGAGUCCUGCAACUACCAAUCAGGUGACAUUAAGAGGACAUUUAACCCCACACACUACAGAUCGUCGGCCCACUACAGUCACCUGAUGACAACAACACUGCGGGAGGAGUCAGCGGGGGCGGAGAAGCAGGUGUUUGGCUUUGACAUCGUGCUCAAUAAAACUGUGCAGACAUACAUCAAGAUGAAGAAAAACCAAGAACCAGAUUGUUUGUUGGUAGCUAGCUGGACUGAAGGCCUUUCGGCGUGGAGGUCGCUGGGUCUGAACCUGUCAGCCAACAUGGUGGAUAUCGCCAUAGAAGAGGCCAUGGAGGAGAACCUUCCAUCGGUCCAUUUCGAGGUGGCUGACGCCACUAAGAGAGAGUUCCCAGAAGGGUCGUUUGAUGUGGUSUACAGUCGAGACACCAUCCUGCACAUCGACGACAAAUUGGCACUGUUCAAACGCUUCCACUCGUGGCUGAAGCCCGGUGGCCAGGUCCUGAUCACUGACUACUGCUGUGGAGAGAAGCCCUGGACUCCUCAGUUCCAGGACUAUGUCAAACAGAGAGGUUACAUUCUCUACACCCCACCACAGUACGGCAAGUUCCUACAGCAGGCAGGUUUCUCUAACGUACGUGCCGAGGACAGGACAGCCCAGUUCACGCAGGUGAUCCAGACAGAGCUGGAGAGAGCAGCGGCCAUGAAAGACGAGUUCAUUAAGGAGUUCUCAGAGGAAGACUACCUGGCCAUUGUCAACGGCUGGAGUGACAAACUAAAACGCUGCAACACUGGGGACCAACGCUGGGGCCUAUUCCACGCAACAAGGAACUGAGGAGAAAAGAUAGGAAAAUAUCCCUUCAGGAGGGAGAGUUCAGUGCCUGGGCCCAGCCACGCUGCUUUCAGAUCAACUAGAGGAGAUUACCAGGCGCCAGUACGCCAAAAUCUGAGAUUACAUACACUGAGGCAAUUACAGAUUGUCAAGUAUUUUAUUUGAAGUGAGAAAUUGUCACUAUCCAAGGACCAGUCUAYCUUUAGUUUUUAUCUUUAAUAUCUAUUGAUUGAGAGGUGAAACGGAUUCCUGUUUCUUACUUUACUUUUAAUUACCUUUUAUUUAACCAGGUAGGUCAGUUGAGAACAAGUUCUCAUUUACAACUGCGACCUGGCCAAGAAUAAAGCA